CAGCUGGCUCUCCAUCACGACCGCAAUAUCCGCGUGCAAGCCGGUGUGAAGUAGGCGACGUACAGCGAAGAUGAGCUUUGGAUUCGCGGCUUCGAAAGAUCCGUCGCAAAGGGCACCAGAAGCACCUCCCACCUCCGCGCUGCUCUCUCACGACGCUGCUCUUCAAUUCGCCCAACUACGUCAACCGGCCAAUGUCCCAUCGGGCCUCUACUUGAGUCCUACGACCAACCCGACAAUAUACAAUGGCGUGCUCUUUGUACACAAGGGCUACUAUGCCGGCGCCAUCUUUAGAUUUCAAAUCCGAUACGUGAGCGCGAAUAGAGCACCAGAGGUGACGAUCGACGAGUCUUGCGCUCAUCCUCUGGUCGAUCCAAGCACACGUCGCCUCCUCUUGGCGUCGCGUUUCCCAAGCUGGAGACCUCGACAAGAUUUCCUCUCCCACGUCCUCUCUUUCAUCAAGUCCAUCUUCAAGCGCAAGGUUCUCGACAAUAUGACGGAGGGACAAGUGGCUCAUGCCGAGCUGUUCAGAAUCUAUCGAGCGGAGCGGUCCACCUUCAUGAAGAUGGCCUCGCAAAGCGCAGCGUCUUCGCAGUCCAGCGCCAAGCUGUACCAUGCUUCCUCUCAAUCCACCGUCUUGACUAGCGCAGGUCAAGAUUCACAUGCCAGCAGCGGAGGAGGAGGAGGAGGAGGAGGAGGAGGCCCAAGUCCUGCUUUCCUGGGUCCUCGCUUCGAGAAGCUCAAGGACGAAGAGUACGAUGCGUUGAUCAAGAGGAUUUUACCUUGACUUUUUUGGUGUUCGAUUCGGAUCUCCGCUUGCUGCAAAGCUCCCACUUCAGCCUGGCCCAUGUACUUGUACUCAUUCCAUUACCUUCCAGGUGGUGCGCUUUUUGUCAGCAAGAUUGAAAUGAUACCAUCCGUCAC